AUGGUCAACCUCACCUACGGCAUCCUCUCGCCCAACCCCGACGGGACCUUCACCUACAACGAACUAGGCACAGACAUCGUCUCGACCCUCAACGGCGAGACGACUGUGUACGACCCAGGAGAUAUUGCUUGGGUCCUGACCAGUGCAGUACUCAUCAUUUUUAUGAUCCCUGGCCUGGGUUACUUGUAUUCAGGCCUGGCCCGACGCAAGAAUGCUCUCCAGCUCUUGCUACUUUCGAUGCUUUCGCUGGCGAUUGUCUCAUUCCAGUGGUUUUUCAUCGGCUAUUCGCUCGUCUUCUCCGAAACUGGCGGUUCUUUCUUCGGUGAUGGCCGCAACGUUGGUUUCCGCAACGUCCUCGAGCGGCCCAUCCCCGAGGCCAACGGCAAGCUCCCCGAGAUUGUCUUCGCCACCUACCAGAUGAUGUUUGCCAACCUCGUACCCGCUAUCCUUCUCGGUGCUGCGGCCGAGCGCUCGCGCACCCUCCCCGCCAUGCUCUUCAUCUUCUGCUGGACCACCCUCGUCUACGACAUGCUCGCGCACUGGAUCUGGAGCGUCAACGGCUGGGCCGCCCAGUGGGGUGUUAUCGACUACGCUGGCGGUGUUCCCGUCGAAAUUGCAUCCGGUGUCGGUGGUCUCGCGUACUCGUACUUCAUCGGCAAGCGCCGCGGGUAUGGCACCGAGCGCCUCAUGUUCAAGCCCUCGAACGUCUCCCAGAUCACCCUCGGUACUGUUAUGCUCUGGGUCGGCUGGAUGGGCUUCAACGGCGGCUCUGCUUACGCCGCGUCGCUCAAGGGUACACUGGCCCUCUUCAACACCAACCUUGCCGGAUCAGUCGGUGCCAUCACCUGGAUGAUCAUGGACUUCCGCCUCGAGCGAAAGUGGUCCAUGGUCGGUUUCUGCACCGGCGCCAUUGCGGGUCUUGUCGCCAUUACUCCCGCUGCCGGUGUCGUCGGUGCUCCCGCCGCUGCCCUCAUUGGCCUCGUCUCCGCGGUCGUUUCCAACUUGUGCACUGGCCUCAAGAACUCAAUGCGCGUUGACGACCCGAUGGAUAUCUUCUCUGUCCACGCCCUGGCCGGCAUAGUCGGCACCAUCAUGACCGGUCUUUUUGCCCAGAGCUCCGUCGCCGCCAACGACGGCUUUAGCAAGAUCCCCGGUGGCUGGAUAGACCGUAACUGGAUCCAGUUGGGCAAGCAGGUCGCCUGGGUCUGCGUCGGCUGCGGCUGGACCUUUGUCGUCACUAUCGCCAUCAUGUUCAUCAUCAACCUCAUUCCCGGCUGCAAGUUCCGUGCCAGCGAGGAGGCUGAAAUUGUCGGUAUGGACGAGGUCGAGCACGAUGAGUACAUUGCCGACUACGCUUUCUUCCGCCGCGACCUCGAGCACAACGCCGAGAUGACCGCCGAGUACCACAACUGGCGCCAGAACAGCGCCGGUGGCCAGACCCUCCCCAUGUGGCGGUCGAUGAGCGGUGUUCAGAUCGCAGACCGCCUCCAGCAGCAGCACGACCGCGAGCGUUCUCAUUCUCGUGGCCGUUCGGCUUCUCGCCCCACCUACCUGGCUCCCAUGCCGGAAGUGGCCGAACGCGAAGACGACAUGACCGCCAACAACUCGAGCGAUAGCGAGAAGGCGACCGGCGUCGUAUCAGAAAAGCCUGCCUCGCUCUCCCCCACCCCCGAGCCAACACCCCGAGGUCCCUCUCCCAGUGAGAAGGUGUGA